AUGACCCGGCCCCUGGAGAAGGCGGUGGCCGCCAUCGUGUGCACCUUCCAGGAGUACGCGGGGCGCUGCGGGGACAAGCACAAGCUGUGCAAGGCAGAGCUCAAGGAGCUGCUACAGAAGGAGCUGCCCACCUUGGGCCCGACAGAGCUUCAUGAGUGUGACUACAACAAGUUCCUGAGUGCCCUGGACACCAACAAGGACUGCGAGGUGGACUUCAUGGAGUAUAUGCGGGCGAUCGCCUGCCUCUGCGUCUACUGCCACGAGUACUUCAAGGGGUGCCCCCCAGAGCCCCCCUGUGCCCAGUAG